AUGGCUGAAACUGGAGCGGAGGGUAAUGCGAUUAGUAUCGGGGAUGACGGAAAGGAGCCGAAUGACGCAGAGGAGUCUAGAGAGACUAAAGACGCAAGAGACUUAGUGGAGAUUAAGAUCGUCGACGAUAAAGCAGGGGGGGUAGUAGGCGACGAGAAGCGGAAGGCGGCAGGGGGAAAGAAGCGGAAGAAGAAGCGCCUGGCGGGGCGGAAAUGGGCGGUGUUGCUUGUCGGGAUGCGGGGGGAGGCGGAGCUGCUACAGUGCACGAAGCAGGCCAUCAUGCGCCGCGUGUCGGUCCCCGCGCGCGAUCUCCGCUUAAACGGCCCGUUGCUGUCCUCCGCCGCCGCGAUUCUCGGCAGGGAGGGGUGCAUGAUGGUGAACCUGGAGCAUGUGAAGGCCAUCGUGUCAGCGCAACAGGUGCUGCUUUUCAACCCCUCCUCGCCGCCCGUUGCCGCCUUUGCCGCCCACCUGGAACGAGUGCUUGCCAUGGGGCCUGAACGGGCACAGACAGAGGUGCAGACGAAGAUGCAGGAGCAGGCACGGACUCACGAUCUUGUGGAAUCACACACGCGGGCAGAGGCGGAAGUGGGGAGGGAUGAGGCACAGGCACAGGCACGGACGCACGCUCACGGCGGGUCUGGAGGCUGUGAGAGGGGUGAAGAACCGGCUGACAGUGCUGACCUCCCGCGUGCAGAAGGUGAGAUAGGGAGGCAGAAGAGUAGCAAGGAGCUCACUCUAGAAGCAGUGGUGAGCCGGAAGCUGGAGGGGGGGUGUCUGGAGCUGGAGAGAGACGCGUAUGCGGCGCUGAAUGCGCUUGCCAGGGCUGUCAGCACGGCGGGUUUGGAGGCGGCGCGGGACGAGUUGGAGCAUCUGCGGGACAUGGCAGACCAUUACCUUUACCUCUACCUUCACACUGUGCGGGAUGAGUUGGAGCAUCUACUCGAUGACGACAGGGACAUGGCGGAUCUCUAUCUCACACGCCAGCUGCAAUGGCUCACUCUACCCGCCUCUCCCGCACACUCUCCCUCACACUCGCCCUCACACUCACCCUCACACUCUCCCUCACGCGCUCACCCACUCUCUCCUGCACAAUCUCCCUCUCCUGCACAUUCAUCCCAACACUCCUCCACACACUCUCCCCCACACUCUCCUUCAAACUUUCCAGCACACACUCCCACACACUCUCCAACACCCUCUCACUCACUCUCACGCUCACCUUCACAUUCCCCUCCACCUGACCUUUCUUCUCCUCCUCCCAAUUCCCUCUCUCCUCAUAUCCAGCCCGCUGCUGCUGGGCCUGCCUUUCCCCCUACCGUCUCUAGUCACAGGGGCUCCCUCACUCACUCCCCCACACACUCCCUCACGCACUCCCUCACUCACUCGCUCCCUUACUCGCUCACUCACUCGCUUUCCUUCCUCCCUGUCACCGGCCGAAGCUUCCGCAGCUCUGGCAGAGGCGCAUGGGGGGGAAUGGGGGGAACGCCGAGGGGGGGAAUGGGGGAGGGGUCGGGGAGCAGUGUGAGUUCGAGUGUGGUGAGUGUGGGAGGAGGGGAGGAUGUGGAGGAAUUGGAGAUGCUUUUAGAGGCGUAUUUCACGCAAGUGGACCGACUCCUGAAUGACUUGACAGCGCUCCAUGAGUACGUGGACGACACGGAGGACUAUGUGAACACGCAGCUGGACUACCGCAGGAACCAGCUGCAGGGGAUGCAGGUGCGUGGUGCUGAUGACGUGGCAGGAGUGACUGACGUGGCAGGAGUGACUGACGUGGCAGGAGUGACUGGCGUGGCAGGAGUGACUGGCGUGGCAGGAGUGACUGACGUGGCAGGAGUGUCUGACGUGGCAGGAGUGACUGGCGUGGCAGGAGUGACUGACGUGGCAGGAGUGACUGACGUGGCAGGAGUGACUGACGUGGCAGGAGUGACUGGCGUGGCAGCUCAUCCUGGGGUUGGGGACUUGGGUCAUGUCGUCAUGAUGAUUCUUGCCGCCUUUUUAUCAAACCUCCCAAAACCUCUGCGUCCCCUCCUCCCUCUUCCUAUAUUCCCUCCCAUGCUAUCUACCACCUCCUCCCCUCCCCACCUUCAGGUGCUGAUAACAGCAACAGGCACAGUCCUGUCUAUCACCAUUGUGAUCAUAGCAGCCUUCUCAAUGAACCUCCCCAACUUCCUCUUUGAGACGGACGGCCAGUUCCUCCCCGUGCUGCUGCCCCUGCUCAGCACUGGUGCCGCUCUUCUGGGUGGUUUCAUAUACUACACCUGGUAUUUCCAAAUAAUCACCUGA